AUGGCUGCACGAACUGCCGCUGCUCAAACACCUGUCGAUCCCAAUUCGGUCAUAAUCGAUCGGUCAUUAUUUGGGUCUACAGAAGUCCACAUCAAACACUCCGCAAUGUCUCACGAAGUUCAUUUAAUUCUCGCUACUUUCUUCGUAAACCGCCUUGGCAAUCAUUCUAAGCGACCUGAUGUUCGAGUCUCCUCGAGUGCAUCCAGCUCCAAGGCCAAGCAGGAGAUGAACCGGCGACCGACCAGCCAAGCGGAGGGCCCAGCAUCUGAGCUGAGAAAGAAGGGCCGAGCGUCACACCCGGCCAUCGAUGCAACGGAAUCCUGCACGGAUACCACCUUGCGUGACCUCGUGGCUGUUGGACCCCGGGCUAGCGGGAGUUCCCUCAUCCUGCUCGUCUUUUGGCUGAUUAAUGGUCCUACCGGGCCGGGUCCGGUUGGCACUGACGAAGGGCUUGUCGAGGCGCUCCUUAAUUCUCCUAGCGGCCGGUCCCGCCAUAUGGCGUUUUCUGGGAGUGGCAACCACGGCGACGGGGAAAAUCACGCAUACUCCAACGCCGCUGCACAAAGAACGGUCAAUAUUCGUGACUAA